CCUCUCUUCUCCUAUAUAUAAACCAAACCAUCCUUCUUACCAUUUCGGGGUUGUGCGAUAUUAAGGCUUUUCUCUUAACAUCUCGCCCUGCAUUUUGCAGGCGAGGUCCUUUUUCCACACACACGCAAAUUCUUUCCAUUUUUUUUUUCCUUCAUCAGAAAAUAAUUCCUUCCACAAAACCCGCCAUUUAAUUGCACCGGUGAUGGCUUCCAUGGCGAUCAACAACAACAUUGCACCGGAUCAAGUUCCCCCGCCCGUGAUUCCGAUCAGCGGGGAAGAGAAGAAGAUGAAUCAGAUCACCAAGAGCAAGAAGAAAUCCGGGCCGUUCAGUUUCUUCCGGGCCGCAUUAGUAGCCCUAAAGGCCAAUGAUGACAAGAAGAAGAAACAAAAGGCUUCCGCAAAACUGCCUACGGCAACAGAUGCCAACAACAACAACAACAAGGAAGCUAACACCAACGAUAGUAAUAACUCCGAUGGGAACUGGAAGAAAAUAGUGGGGUCCAUGAGGCCGUUGCAUCUUCAGAACGACGUCGUCGUCGAAUCUCCUCCGCCUUCUCUUCCGCCGUCCUCCCCCACCCUGAGCUUAUCCGACCACCACGGCAUCCGGUCGUUCUCCCCCUCGCCGUCGCAUUCCUCUUCCACCGGAUCCAUGAGCCAGUACGCUUCCGCCAGCAACCUCCAAGCCCUAGACGAUGGCGAUGAAGACGACGAUCAGGAUGUGGAUCCUGAUGUCGUCUUCGAUGCCAUCUGCGGGGAUGAAUUGAUCGAUUCUAAAGCUGAAGAGUUUAUCGCCCAAUUUUACCAGCAGAUGAAGAUCGAUAAGCACCACAAUAGCAACAGCAACUUCUAUCGUCAUUAAAAAGGGCUAAAAAAGUACUCUCCAUUUUUGGUUCGUUUUAAUUUGGACGUGUUUGUUUUACGUACGUACGUACUCUGCAUGCAUGCAUGCAUGGAAGAAGAAGAAGAAGAAGAAGCCACCCACAUCAAUACAAUCACGUACGUCAAUCCAUGCUGGAAGAAAGAAGGAAUAGAUGAAAUUCUCGUGGAGCGGAAUGCAUUGAAUAAUUUUUUAAUUAUUUUUUCCCUUUAGGUAACUAAUUUGUUGUUUCUUUAUUUUGUGAGAUGCGAAAAAGAAAAAUAAGAAGAAAAAAGAAAAAGAAGUUGUUUCGGUGUUUCAUGUAUGAUUGAUUAACCUUUCGGAAUUAGGGAUGAGAUGAUCAACAACUAAUUUACUAAUUUGCAUUACUUAAUUUAUUUGUUUCUCUUUUUGUUUUUUUUUUCUUUUAUCCUUUCGGACGUUCUAUAGAGAAUCAUGUACUAUGGAUUCAGAAUCCAUUCCUUAACUUAAAUUAGUGAGAUCACAACGAGCUUUUUGGUUGCUUUAUUUUUUUUACUUAU